AUGUUUCUUACGGAAAUCAGCGUCGUUGUCAGCAUGCUGAUGUUUAUAUGCACAGUCAGCGUCCAUAUAGAGUGUAGAAGCAUUGACCUCGACAACUGGGAGGACAUUUCCAAGGAAUUGACUACAGUGCCGCAGCAGAAGGGCAGCAACGAAAGCCUCGACAUUGAGGUGUUCGAGCAUAUAAGAGACACAAAGCAUCAGUCGUCUGAACUUAGUGAGUUCGAAAUCGACUAUAGCAAAAUGCGUGUCUACACGGUUGGCGUCCUAAUGGCAUCUCAUUUGGAUUCACCAUUUGACUUGGAACGUUGCGGCCCAGCAGUAGAUUUGGCUUUAGACCAAAUUAAUAAACGAUUUUUAAAGCCGCACAACGUCAUGCUUAAAAAGAAGCAAGCCAGCUACCCAUCGUGCUCGGGGGCCAAGGCGCCGGGACUGGCAGCUGAUAUGCAUUUCAAGGACGAUGUCAUUGCUUUCAUUGGACCCGCGUGUGCAUUCGCCUUGGAGCCAGUUGCACGUUUGGCUGCCUAUUGGAAUACGCCCAUUAUAACGGGCAUGGGCGAUCAGCCACCUUCGGAAGGCGAGUUGACGGUCACUUCUGGCAUAUUAGGUCGGAUUCACAAGUGGAAAAACGAGAGCACGGGCGUGUUUAAAGACAAAUCGAACUACCCUACGCUGACCCGCAUGUCAUACUGCCAGUGUCGUCUCAAGUUGGUCUUUGCCAGCAUUUUCCGGCAGUUCAAGUGGAAGCAUGUCGCCCUGCUGGUCGACCGUUCCGACCUCUUCUCGUUGACGGUCGGCAAGAAUCUGGAAUAUGGACUACGCCAGGAGGGCUUGCUGAGCUUCGUCCGCGAGUUGAAUGGCAACGAGGAGGAAAUCUAUGAGAACUAUCUUAAGGAUGCCAGCAUGUAUGCAAGAGUCGUAAUACUAUCGGUUCGAGGAGUAUUAGUUCGAAAGUUCAUGCUGGCAGCACACAGUCUUGGUAUGACAAAUGGCGAGUGGGUAUUUCUGGAUGUGGAAAUAUUUCAGAGCUCCUACUGGGGCGAUCAUGACUGGGAAAUGGGCGAUGAGAAUGAUAAGAAGGCUCGGAAAGCCUAUGAAGCUUUGCUGCGUGUGUCCCUGUUGCAGCCGACAAGCCCAACUUUCCAGGAUUUUGCUGAGCAUGUCCGUGAGAUGGCCAAGAAGUACAAUUAUACAUUUGGAGAGGGCGAGGAGGUAAACUUUUUCAUCGGUGCUUUCUACGAUGGCGUCUAUUUGCUGGGCAUGGCGCUCAAUGAGACGUUGACCGAAGGCGGCGAUAUACGUGAUGGCGUUAAUAUAACGAGACGAAUGUGGAACAGAACUUUCAAUGGCAUUACCGGUCAUGUUCGUAUUGACGAUAAUGGUGAUCGGGAUGCAGAUUAUUCGAUUCUGGAUUUGGAUCCCAUAAAUGGAAAGUUUUCAGUGGUGGCGCACUAUUAUGGUCUGCAUAGGGAAUAUGCCGCUGUGCAUGGAAAGAAGAUUCAUUGGCCUGGGGGACGGGAGGAGUCACCUCCUGAUGUUCCACCAUGUGGGUAUCUGGGAAACUCUCCAGAUUGUUAUAGCAAUGAGACAACGAUUAUGUAUUCCAUUUUUGGACUGGGUCUAUUUCUUGGGCUAACAUUUCUGGUUAUCUGCCUGCUUCAAAAACAGAUGAAACUUAGCAAGGAGCUCCACAACAUGUCGUGGCGAGUGCGACCCGAGGAUGUUCUAAUCGAAAUGGGUGGCAUGUUUGGCUCCAAAGGCGGCCUGCAACGUCUCGAUGUGGAGAACAUAUCUCUGCAACAGUUCGGCAUACAUUCUGGCCGAGCCUCCAUAGCCAGCUUUGCAUCCCUGCCUCCACAGGUCUUCACCACCAUUGGUCAGUUCAAGGGAGAGCGUGUGGCCAUCAAGAAAGUGAAUGUCAAGAAGGUGGAAGUCACUUCCACGCUGCUGUGGGAGAUCAAGCAAGCACGCGACGUGAGUCACGAGAACACGGUGCGGUUUGUGGGCGCCUGCAUUGAUUUGCCACGCCCUACUGUGCUCAUAUUGACGGAAUAUUGCUCCCGUGGCAGCCUAAAGGAUGUGCUCGAGAACGAGGCCAUUGAACUGGACUGGAAUUUCCGCAUGUCGCUCAUUCACGAUAUUGUCAAGGGCAUGAGUUAUCUCCACAAUAGUGACGUGGAGGCGCAUGGAAAAUUGCGGUCCUGCAACUGUUUAAUAGAUGGGCGAUUCGUCCUCAAGAUAUCAGACUUUGGUCUAAAUACGUUGACCACACCGUCCGAUUUUGUGCGCGAUCAAAACUAUUACAUCAAGCUCUUGUGGAUUGCGCCGGAACUAUUGCCUAUGACUUCGAUUCCUGGCUGUCCGGCUACGCAACGGGGUGAUGUCUACUCGUUCGGCAUCAUACUUGAGGAGAUUGUAAAUCGGGGCGGACCCUAUCAGGAGGCGAGACAGCAAAUGGACGUGCACACAAUUCUCCAUAAGGUGCGUCAGUGUGAGUAUCCACCGUUUCGGCCGCUCAUACGGGAGCGGGAAUGUCCGCCUGACCUGCUGGUUCUGAUGGAAAAGUGCUGGGCCGACAAUCAGGAGGAGCGACCCGCAUUUUCAACAAUUAGAAGCAACAUACGCACCAUUAUGAAAGGAUUCUGUGAGAAUUUAAUGGACGAUCUGCUCAAUCGCAUGGAACAGUAUGCCAAUAAUUUGGAAAGUCUUGUUGAGGAAAAAACCAGACAACUGAGUCUCGAGAAGCAACGCACCGAGGAGUUACUGUAUCAGAUACUGCCCCGGCCAGUGGCUCAACAAUUGAUGGCUGGGGACUUGGUGCAGCCCGAGGAAUUCAGCAGUGUGACCAUAUAUUUUAGUGAUAUCGUGGGCUUCACCGAACUCUGUGCCCGCAGUAGCCCCAUGGAUGUUGUUAGUUUCCUAAAUGAUCUCUACAGCACAUUCGAUCGCAUCAUUGGCUUCUACGAUGUUUAUAAAGUUGAAACUAUUGGGGACGCGUAUCUGGUGGUUUCUGGUCUGCCGGAGCCGAACGGUGACAAGCACGCGCGUGAGAUUGCUCUCAUGGCUUUGGAUAUAUUACAAGCCGUGUCUUCCUUCAACUUGAAGCAUAAGCCCGAAUACAAAAUCCAGAUACGCAUUGGCAUGCAUUCGGGAUCCGUGUGCGCUGGCGUUGUGGGCAAGAAAAUGCCCCAUUAUUGUCUCUUUGGUGAUACUGUAAAUACUGCCUCACGCAUGGAGUCGACGGGAUUGCCAGGCAAAAUUCACGUCUCCUCGGCCACCAAGGAGAUUCUAGACAAGUUCGGCACAUUUGAAUUGGAGUCUCGCGGCGAUGUCGAGCUAAAGGGCAAGGGCACUGUAACCACCUAUUGGCUAAAUAGCACCACCGAAGAAGAUGCGCGUCCACCAACUCCACCAGUUGCAGGCAUCGACGAAGUACCCUUCCCCCUUCUGUUCGCCGGUAUGAGCAAGUAA